AUGAAGUUUAAUAAGCAACGGAAUACAACACAGUGGGAAUCAGUGCACAGGCUGAUGGCAACCAGAGCUUGUCUUAAGUCGGUGCCUGGAGUGCCACACAAUGGGGAGUAUAACAGAAGUAGUGGGUGCCUGUGCAGGGACGAGGAGUGCCAGAAGAAGCACGAGGGCCUGCAUACCCAAGAGCUCAUGCCCAUCAGUGCUGAGAGGCUCGUCGACAACCCGGAGUAUAUUGGAAAUGGCAUCGUUCUUCCGUCCAAACCACAGGUCAAGGUCAUUCCCCGGGACAAGGUCAAAUUUGUGUCAGAGCUCGGCGAGGGCGCUUUCGGUCGCGUCUACCUCGGGGUCAUGGAAGAAGGUCGAGGGAAAGCAACUCAGGUCGCGGUCAAAACCUUAAAGAGCGUUGGUCCUGAAGCUCGAGUGGAGCUGGAGCGCGAAGUGGAGCUCUUGAGUAACCUCACCCACGCUAACAUCGUGAGCUUCUACGGUGUCUGUUACAGCUCGGAUUCCAUGCUGAUGGUAUUCGAGUAUAUGGAACACGGCGACCUAAACAACUACCUCAGGAGUCACAACGAGGACGUGGCUCUCCAGGCGGGCGAGGAACCUUCAUCGGAUCCGAUCUCGGUUAUGGAUUGCCUCCAGAUUGCCCUGCAGGUGGCGGCCGGCAUGAAGUAUCUUGCGUCGCAGCACUACGUCCAUCGUGACCUGGCCACAAGGAACUGCCUGGUGGGGGCGAACCUCGUAGUCAAGAUUGGUGACUUCGGGAUGUCCAGAGAUGUCUACACGACCGAUUACUAUCAGUUCGGCGGCAGGACGCUCCUCCCCGUGCGGUGGAUGCCUCCUGAGAGCAUCCUCUACAGGAGGUUCACCAUAGAGUCGGACAUCUGGAGCUUCGGCGUGGUGUUGUGGGAAAUUUUCACGGGGGGGAAGCAACCUUGGUACGGCUACAAUAACCAGGAGGUAAUUACUCAGAUCACCGGGUGCAAGGUGCUGAGCUGCCCCGACCGCUGCCCGCCCGACAUGUACCGAAUCAUGGUAUCAUGCUGGAGGCAGAAUCCGCAAGAACGGCCGUCCAUGGCUACCCUUUACGCUCAGAUCUGCAGUCUUAUCACUGUGGAACCGCAUAAUCACAUGGGCUUGUCGAUGACUGAGAUUUGUAUCAUUAUGGAACUGCAUAUGCUGGGCUAUGAUCAUGUUUUUAAAGAACACAUCUACCACAGGGAACAACAACAACAACAGAAUGCUCUCCAUGAAAGACAGUGA